CCGUCACCCUCGAUCACAUGGCUGCAGUUGUAGCAGACAUCCCCAAAGAGCUGUGGACCAAGCAGGCUGUCAGUGUUGCCGCAGGCAGUCACGGCCCAGCCCAGGGCCAAGGUGUACCCUGGCCUGGCCUCUCCCCAGGCCUUCCCCUGGGUCCCUCCUGCUGGGCACAGGGGACCCCUGGCCCAUUAGAUACACCCCCUGGGAAGAACAGCAGGCUGAGGCAUUGCUCCCCGAAAGGCCCCUUUGCUCCUGCUGGUGUCCUGCGAGGGGGUGGGCCUGGGUAGUGACCCCGUCCCAUCAGCCUUCCCUGCCUUCUGUACCAGAGUGACAGAAGGGGGUGGCUGCUGGCACUGUCACUCCCCCAUGCCCAGGACCUCACUCCGCCAUCCCAUUCAGUCCUCUCAACAGGCCUGGGUACAAGGGCACAUUUUUCAAAUGAAGACACUGAGGCCAAGAGAGCUGCCCAGGUUUCAAGACCCCAAGCCGGGAGCCAGGGCCAAGGGCACAGGUCUGGGCUCCUGAGGGGUCUGCCUGAAGCCUCCCCACAGCGCCCCCGCCGGCGGCCCUCUGCCCUGAGUCCCCGCAGGCUGCCCCUCACCCGGUUGUAGAGGGUGUUGCAGGGGGCCCCGCCCCUCACCUGGUUGUAGUGGGUCUCGCAGUAGGCCAGCCCCUUCCUCUCGUAGUGCCGGUGCCCCAGGAACGGCUUCUCACACUUGGCACAGACAAAGUGCUGGGAGGACAGAGUGCAGGCCAGGUGGCAUCAGGGCUGGAGCGGUGACUCCAGGGGACAGUGGUGACCCCAGGAGACAGGAAGCAGGGACUGAGCAGGUGGUAGCUUUGCAGGGCUCACACUGGGCAGAGGGGCUGACACCUCCGUAGAUGCCCUGGGGUCAGCCCACCCUGCUCCUCCUCUAAGGUACCCACCCACGGUGACAUUGCAGGUCACCGUCCUCUCCCAGCCUGGUCUCCACCUUGGCAGCCUCAGUCAGCAAGGUGCCACAGCGUGGGGGGCCCUCCCAGGCGGGAGCCCUGCCUAUUGCCUGGCGCCUCCUGGGGCCUCCCCCACACGCCAGGGGCCACUAGGAAGCACCUUCCUGUUCCGCCAGGACUGUGCGAGUGGGAGGCACCUGCCCCGGGAGGACACAGGCAGGGCCUGUGCCAAGGACCUUCUCAAACAGGCUGCCCAGGCCCUGGCACACAGACUUCCUUGCGAGUGUGCCUGUAAGAACAUGAGAGCCCACAGUCCAGGGGCGAGUGCUCGGGUGACCCGGGUCCCACACCUGAGGAGCUCUCCAGCUCCAUGUCUACACAGGCUGUGCACACAGCUGGUUCUGUCCACCACAAGCCCACAGGGCGCCCUGGGCAGACUGUCCCCAAAGUCUUCUCCUGACUUUGGAAUCUCCUAGCAUGCCAGGAGGGGGCGGAAAGGUGAGCGGGCUGCCCGACCAUGGCCCGUGGGCUCAGGUCUCUGGCUUCCACGGGCAGGCUGGGUCCCCGGCCCAGCACAAGGAGGGCCAGCCACCAGGAGGAAGGUCCUUGCUGGGAGCCAGCCACACAGCCUCGGUGGGGACACAGGGGGGCUGCAGGGCCAGGCUCUGACCGUGACCAUGAACCGGGGCACCCCACAACCCAGGCCACGAAGCCGCCAGCCCAGCUCACCUCCACGUGCCACUGCUUGCCCAGUGCGUUGACCACGCGGCCCUCGAUGGGCCGCCGGCAGGCCCCGCAGAUGGGGACGCCCAUCUUGUCGUGGCAAGGCAGGCAGUAGAGCUCCGCCUUCAGCUCGCGGGCCUCGGCAGUCAGCUCCUUCCUGCAAGACAGUGCGGACCCCUGGGUGCCGCCCCUGUCUCUCCGCAGGGUCACACCAGCCCCUCCAGCCCGGCGCAGCUCCCUGAGAGGCCCCAUUCUGUCCCAGGGAGCACUGCAGCAGGCGGCCCUCUCUGAUCUCUGGGCCCCUUGAAGACUUCCUGUGCCCCAGACGGGCCCUGGAGCGCGGCCGGGCAGAAGGGCGCCUGUGUUCUGCACCGCCGGCCCCUGAGAGGCAGGUCUGUUCUCGGGCCCCUCCUCCUCCAAACCAGACAGGGCGUCUGGGGCAGGCACACAGCGGACUGGAGGGGACCAGGCCGGGGCUCUGCAGCCUCUCCCCCACCCCACAGCCCCACUCUGGGAGCCGCUCUGCUGCCCCGACCCGUCCUCCGCUCCAUCCCAAGCCCCAGCCAGCAGUCCAGGCGCCCGGGCCACCCCCGAGUCUCAAGUGCCUCCCACGCAGAGCCCUGGAGAGGGGCGCUUCCUGCUCCACUCUGCCCUGCAGCCUGCGCCCCACUCUCCAGGCCCCCUCGGACCCCUGGCUCACCUCUCCCGCCUCUCCACGCCCUGCCCUGGCUCUGGGCGGCCCUGGCUCUCCGCCUGCCCCGUCACAGAGCGGGCUGCCACCUACCCGCAGUGGGUACAGCUGAAGUGGUCGGGGUGGUAGGCGUCGUUCCUGAACAUGAGGGGCUGCUCGUCGAUAACCAGGUGGCACCGCUGACAGAUGUACUUGCCCAGGCCCUUGGCCUUCUCGCGGUUGUGACAAGGCCGGCAGAGGUGCCUGCGGGGGCAGAGGGGAGGGCGGGCCUUAGGGACAGAGCCCCCUGCCCCUGACGCCCUGCGGCUCCGCUGAGUGCCUGGGCUUGGGCCAGUCACCCCGCCUGGAAGGCACAGGUGAGCGCUGGAAAAGGAACCUGUGCUCAGGAAAGACCAGAAGCGAAGUUGCCAGAAGGGCUGUGCUUGCCGUCUGUACAGGGCGGGGUUCUUCUUUCCCCUUGUCUGAGCCUAGGACACUGUGGAAUACAGCAGGCGUUUAAAUGACAUUUGCUGAAGAAGUAGCUUUAUUUGUCAAAUGUCCCUAGCAUACACAAGUUCUAGCAAGUGGUCCUGUGCCCAGGAGAGUGGCAGUGAGUGCCUGGCCGUGGGGGCCGUGCACCCCCUUCCUCUGGGGUCCGCCGGAUGCAGAGGGGCCCGCGCACGCACAGAUGUGUUCUGUGUCCGGAGACAAGCGUGGCUAUGUUGGACAGAGGCCCCCAAACCCAGGAACUGCCAUGACAGAGUCUUUUUUGUGAAGGUCUCAGAGUAAUUUCUGAUGCUGCUCGCUGUGUUGGGCAACAGCUGCGGUCUCAACUGAGAGAAAUCAACAUGGUUUCUGUUCCCCGGGCCUCCAAGGUGGCAGGAAUUUAGAUCCAGGGUCCCCAGGCAAAAACGCACAAAGGCCCCAUCCAACGGCCUUCCAUGCCGGCUCCCACCUGCCGCCUGAUCUACAAUGUGCUCCUGGUGCCUCUGGGUCCCCCUCCCAGGCCCCCAAGCCACAGGGGAGCCUCCCCCCCCUGCACGGCCUCCACAGCGACCUAGCACCCAGCACUGGCACCUUUCGCACGCUGGUCAGGGAGUCUGCUUAAGAGAUUAAGUCUCAGACUCAAGUUCCUCCGGCCAGAUUACAGUGAGCACAUCCCAGAUGCCAGGCAGCCAGCUCAGCACCCCCGCCCGGCCCCCAGCGCCCACCGCCUGGACUCUGUGCUGCACAGGCCCACUCCGCUUGCCCUGGGGUGUCUGAUCGUCCCAGCUGGUGUGCAGGGCGAGGGCCCACGUGAGGUGCCCGGCUGACUGGCACUCCACCGUGCCCCACUGGACCCCACGUGCCCAGCACGAGGCAGUGGCUCAGGGUCAGUUUGUUAAACAUGUGAGUGAAUGAAUGAUUGUGGCAGAGAGGGAGGGACGACAAGCAUCAUUUCGGUGUGACCAGUGGCCAAGCUGACGCUGGGAGCCCAGCUGCCUUUACCCCCGUGGCGGGCAGCAAGUGUGGCCUAUGGCGGCAUCCCUCAUCAUCGUGACCCCUGGAGCCCACCCUCUCCAGACACCUGUGCUCCACCCCCAACCCCGGGCCACCUCCACAGUCUCUGUCACAGGCAGGGCAUUUGAUCCCCAUAACCGUUCUCCCCGGUGUGGUGACCCCUCCUUGGCUCAGGACAACAUUCAACCCACCAUGGAAUAAGUUCUGCUUCAAAGCUAUAGAAAUUAGCUUGACUCCCCGCGACUCCAUGGCAAUGGUCAAUGCCUUUGAGGCCACCGUCAGUGCUUACCCCAGUAGCAGAAGAUCUGCGAGCCAGGAAUGCCCUGCUCAGGGCAGCCAGUGGCUGUGAGCCACUCCCGGGGCCCGACGGGAAAGGGACCCCCCGACCGGCUCAGACACCUGCACACGCCCCCGGCUCCCAGGCAGGACGGACCAAGAGGCCUGAAUCUCUUGAAGGAACCACAGAUGGGAAACGCCCUCCCCAGAUCUAAGGGCGACCUUCAGAAUUUUUUUCCAGGUAAGAUUAAGGUGGAACCUAAGGAUUCUGGAUUCAAACUGCAACAGAAAAGCAAACGAAUACACAAGGCUGAAGUUCUGCAGUGGCGCACACUUGGGUUCAAAUUCCGGCUCUGCCUCUUCCUAGCGUUUGCCAUGGCUGCACGGAGCCCAGCGCCGGCACCGCCACCCACGGGCACAGCUCACCUGCCACCCCGAAGACCCCUGCCCUUCCUCCCAGACCUGGCUCGAGGCGUGGCCCGGGCUCUGCCUCCAGCCAAAGCAUGAAUGGCCCCGAGGUGGCCUCCCCAGCUCUGAUGGCCAACGCCUCCCUGGCCGCCAUGGAGCGAUGCGGCCAGGAGACGCCGCUGGAGAACAUGCUGUUCGCCUCCUUCUACCUCCUGGAUUUCAUCCUGGCUUUUGUUGGCAACGCCCUGGCCCUGUGGCUUUUCGUCCGGGACCACAAGUCGGGCACCCCGGCCAACGUGUUCCUGAUGCACCUGGCCGUGGCCGACUUGUCCUGCGUGCUGGUCCUGCCCACCCGCCUGGUCUACCACUUCUCCGGGAACCACUGGCCGUUCGGGGAGAUCCUGUGCCGGCUCACCGGCUUCCUCUUCUACCUCAACAUGUACGCCAGCAUCUACUUCCUCACCUGCAUCAGCGCCGACCGCUUCCUGGCCAUCGUGCACCCGGUCAAGUCCCUCAGGCUCCGCAGGCCCCUCUAUGCCCACCUGGCCUGUGCCUUCCUGUGGGGGGUGGUGGCCGUGGCCAUGGCCCCGCUGCUGGGGAGCCCGCAGACCCUGCAGACCAACCACACGGUCGUCUGCCUGCAGCUGUACCGGGAGAAGGCCUCCCACCACGCCCUGGUGUCCCUGGCCGUGGCCUUCACCUUCCCGUUUGUCACCACAGUCACCUGCUACCUGCUCAUCAUCCGCAGCCUGCGGCAGGGCCCCCGUGUGGAGCAGCGCCUCAAGAACAAGGCCGUGCGCAUGAUCGCCAUGGUGCUGGCCAUCUUCCUGGUCUGCUUCGUGCCCUACCACGUGCACCGCUCCGUCUACCUGCUGCACUACCGCAGCGGCGGUGCCUCCUGCGCCGCGCAGCGUGCCCUGGCCCUGGGGAACCGCAUCACCUCCUGCCUCACCAGCCUCAACGGGGCCCUCGACCCCGUCAUGUACUUCUUCGUGGCCGAGAAGUUCCGCCACGCCCUGUGCAACUUGCUCUGUGGGAAAAGGCUCACAGGCCCACCCCCCAGCGUCGAAGGGAAAACCAACGAGAGCUCGCUGAGUGCCAGGUCGGAGCUGUGAGCCCCGGGGCCACGCGGGCCAGCCACAGACCGCCUUGGAAGGACAGCUCCCCCAGGCUGCUGAGGGAAGUCCGCCGUCUCCCAGCCUCCUCCUGAGCAAACAGCCUGAAACCCCAGCAGGUCCCUACCUGUCCCUCCAAGGCCUGAGCCCCUAGGUCACCCAGCUGUGCUCAGUAUUAACCCCUAAAACGGGAGAACCAAAAAGAGGAUCGACCAGCCACCCCCUGCAGGGACAGCCUUGGCUUACUGCUGACUAUGGCUCCUAGACAUUCAGUGACUUCACCCAGGGUCAGACGGCGGGGGAAGGGGACCAGAGAACAAUUCCUUCACAAUGACGGUCUUUCUUUCCCUGCUAGUCUCCUUCCCACUGCAGAAACGCACAGCUUUGAGCUGUUGCCCUUGCUAGCACGCAUGUGUCAUCCUAACGUGGCCUUUUUUGUACUUGUUUGUACAAAUCAUAAACACAACUGCAGCUUAA